AUGCCUUCAAUCAGCCCGUCCAUUUUACCCACGGCUUCAACUCCUGUGCAAUACCGCCCCAAGUUUGGUCGAAUAGAGCUCUCACGCGGAGCUCAAGUAGACGUGAAGUGGUUUUCUCGUAUUCUAGAGGACGGUCGCCUCAUUCCAGCGAGCUUGAGGCGCAUCUAUCAGAACUUCUCGACGACCUUCAAUCCCAAUCACUGGCCCAAAGCUCGCACAUCAAGUAUUCCAGUAUAUGGCGGCAAUGGCAGCAGUGGUGUGAAAAACUACAAUACGCAGUGGGGCUACCACCCGAACCAACACGACACUCGUACCAACUCAGUUUAUUCGCCGUCUACUACUGGAAAAACAGGUGGAUCAAUGAAUCACCCGGAAAUUCAACUUCUACCGUCCUCGCCAAGAGCGGUCAUCUGUCAUGGUAUCAUAAGUGCGUCGUCGUCUACUCUGUUGGGUUGCUCCCCGGUCAUCGUCUCGCAACCACAGGAACGCGACGAAAAGAAGGAGCUUCAACCAAAAGAGCACCCGUCACAGUCGUCAUUUUGCAAAAAAUUCACGGCAGUCUCAACGUCACCAACCAGCACAGCAGCGUCAUUUGGCGGGCUGCCGUCCUGGGCUGGUUCCUUCUUCUCCGGAGAUCGGAAUAUCUUGCCCUAGGAAACAAGGUGCACCAGUUCGCUCUUAAUGCAGCAGAAGUCAGAUCCUUCCAGGUAGACGGAACUCAAGCAACAAGCUUCGGAGAAAUUCAGUUUGCAGUGAUUCGAUUUCGCGGUGACAAAACGGAUCAGUUUCGGCAAGGAAACACCAGAGCCAUCGGAAGGUCUGGAAGACCUUGGAUUUGUCCGAUUCAUGGACUGUGGUAUUUAUCCUUACCUCACAAAAAUAUACGGCUGCCCUGAAACAAACCGCAAUGCUCAUUGGAUUCCGACAAUGUCGUACAGGUUAGCUCCAUAGCCAAGAUAAUCAAGGAGGGAGCAGCAUCCGUCGGGGAAGAUCUC